GUAUUUGUCCUCUCUUUUUUGCCUUUGCUGCCGGACAGUGAACAAGAAGUACCGUGGAUCCCAUGAUUCAGAGGCCCCAGCGGACCCUGUGGCUCCAGUGAUUGUAAUCCCACCCCGAAACACUACAGUGGUGGCCGGAGUCAGUGAGGCCACACUCGAGUGUGUUGCUAAUGCACGUCCGAUUGAGAAGCUCAGUUUGAUGUGGCGGAGAAACGGCGUGGAGGUGGCCAGUGGUGUGGGCUCCUUCGGCCGGCGCUUGACCAUCAUCAACCCAACGAGUGCCGAUGUGGGCAUGUACGUGUGUGAAGCCUCACUUUUGGACAGCAAUGUGAAGCCGGCAGAGGCCAGAGCCUUCCUCUUCAUUACAGAGGCGCCUUAUUUCACCGCCGAGCCCAGGAGAAAGAUGAUGGGAGAGGUGGAGAAAAGCGUGGAUAUCCAAUGCCAAGCUCGAGGGGUGCCCAUACCGAAGCUGGAGUGGUAUAAGGAUGCCGUGCCCCUUAGUAAACUCAACAACCCUCGCUACAAGGUCAUCUCCAGCAUGGGCCUUCAGGUCAGGAGGCUACAGCCUGGCGAUGCCGGAAUCUUCCAGUGCUUCGCCAGGAACUCGGCCGGAGAGGCUCAGGUCCACACUUACCUGGACAUCACAAGUAUGGCUCCGGCCUUCACAGCGGCGCCGGUCGACAUCACUGCCACAGACGGAGCGGUGGCCUCGUUCACCUGUCAGGUAUCCGGGGCCCCUAAACCUGCCAUUAUCUGGAAGAAAGAUACUCAGGUCCUCGCCAGCGGUUCUGUGCAGAUUCCGCGUUUCACCCUGCUGGAGUCCGGCGGUCUGCAGAUUCAACCGGUGGUGCUGCAGGACACAGGGAUGUACACCUGCUACGCCGCUAACUCAGAGGGAGUGAUCAACACCAAUGCCUCCCUCACCGUAUGGAGUCGCACGUCCAUAUCCAGGCCUCCCAUGGACAGACGUGUCAUUAAGGGACCACGGCCAUUUUGGAGUGCGGUGCCACCCCACGACCCGCGCGUGGUGGUGAGGUACGUGUGGAAAAAGGAUGAGGAGUUAGUGAGCCAGACCAGAGGGGGGCGUAUCAGCCUGCAGGAGGGCUCCUUGCACAUCAGUCAAACCUGGUCCGGGGACAUCGGGGACUAUACGUGUGACGUCAUCUCUCAGGCCGGCAACGACUCCAGGGCAGCCCGUCUGGAGGUCAU